UUUAGAAAGGAUGCGCCCUUACCUGUGCGAUAAAAUCAUAGCUGAGAGACACUUUGAUUACCUGCGUUCAAAGAAAAUCCUCACUAGAGAGGACACGGAAGAAAUUUCGUCUCGAUCUUCCAGUAGGAAAAAAACUGGGAAGUUAUUGGACUACUUAGCGGAAAACCCGAAGGGACUAGAUGCUUUGAUUGAAUCUAUCAGGCGAGAAAGAACGCAAAACUUCCUGCUAGAAAAGAUAACUGAUGUCGUGUUGAAAGUCAAGAACGAAAAACUUGAAGCUCUCAAAGGUCUCAGCUGCAGCACGUGCAUGACCUCGCUGUACGGAGGAACGAACAAUCUUUCUAGGUCAUACUCCGACGAGUCUAAUUUUUUGGAUAAAACGAAAGACCAGGAAUCGACCCCGAUCCAUCACCCGGAAGAAGAUUAUAGCACCGCCGCGUUCGUGUCCGCCGUCUCUCUCCACUCGAUGAAUCUGCCGGUGGCGGAGAUGGGGCACGCGGAGAGCGCUGUUUUCUCGGCCACCCUCCCAGGGCCCGGAGACCCCGGGGCACCCCCGCUCCCCCCGGAGCUCCAGUCGGAGCAGCAGGAGCCCCGUACUAGCUCCAGUGACAAUUGCUUCUUGCCUUUAAGGUCACGUUCUCUUCAGCCCCAGUGA